AUGGUGUCACAUGAGUGGCCUCUCAAAAGACGGCGAAGAAACUUGGGCAUUGCACCAGACAAUGUCAACAUAAAUGCAUCAACUACCCCCGAAGCAGAAAGAACUUCAAUCAACAACGACACUAACAAAACAGAUGAUGAUGAUAGUGUACGGGAACAAAUCGCCCUGUUCCCAGAAAGCAGCAAAAAUGAGGAUGUCAAAGAUUCUCCGAACUUUGAAUACAUGUUCGUCGAUCCCGAAAAACCUCCAAUCUCUGAAGACUUUCCGAUAGACGAGGCAGCUCCAGCCGACUUCAACAUAAAAGAUCCUGCAUUGGACUCUAGAGGUCACGAUUAUGAUAAUAUCGCAUCUGUGAAAGAUUUGCCAGAAGAUAAGAUUUCCCCUCAACAGCCCCAAGAAGCAAUUCCCGCCGAUGAGGUUCAUCCUGAGGUCCACUUGCUCUUGCAGCCAAAGUCUGACGCUGCGGCAGAACUCAGUCCACAAGAAACGAUCCCAGGAGAGCUCGAGGCCAGCAACGUAAAACCAGACGUCAUAAUUGUUCAGCCUGGAGACAUCGUUGACGAUGACCCCUGCGCUCACUAUCACCACGAGCACGAGCCCGGGGUGUACGUAGCGUCGCUCCGCUGGUACGAGGUGGGCGUCUACUUCACCAUCACCGCCUUCGUCAUCUUCGCUGGACUCGGCAAACUCGUGUUCCACAAGAUGCACUGGCUGUCCAGCCGGGUGCCGGAGUCGUGUCUGCUCAUCGUGCUGGGCGUCCUCAUGGGGCUGCUUGUCCACUACUCUGGCGGUGCCGAGGGAGACACGGACUGUGCGAGCGCCGUGACCUUCCCGCGCUUCACGAGUCAGGCGUUCUUCAUGGUGCUGCUGCCGCCCAUUAUCCUGGAGUCGGCAUACAGCCUCCACGACCGCUGUUUCUUCGACAACCUCGGCACGGUGCUCGUGUUCGCUGUAUUUGGUACCUUGAUGAACGCCUUCUUUAUAGGGGUCUGUCUCUGGGGUCUGGCGACGUCUGGGGGAAUGGGUGAGAUCACGUUAACGUUGAAAGAAUCCCUGGUGUUCUCGUCGCUGAUCAGCGCCGUCGACCCAGUAGCGGUGCUAAGUAUCUUUCAAGAAAUUGGCGUCAACAGCGGCUUGUACUUUCUCGUCUUCGGCGAGAGUUUGCUCAACGACGGCGUCACGGUCGUCCUGUACAACAUGCUUUCUGCAGUCAUGAAGAUGUCGACAGUCACUGCGACAGACUACGUGCUAUCGGUGGUAGCGUUCUUUGUUGUGGUGAUCGGUGGUUCUAUCAUCGGUCUCUUCUUUGGCAUCCUCACCGCUUUCUUCACCAAGUUCACAGGCACGGUGCGAGUGGUGGAGCCACUGGCGGUGUUGGGCUUCGCUUACCUCGCCUACAUCACAGCCGAGGUCUUCCACUUCUCCGGCAUCAUCAGCCUGAUAGUGGCAGGGCUGACACAGGCGCAGUAUGCGUAUCCCAACAUCUCACAAAAGUCUUACACGACCGUCAAAUACUUCAUCAAAAUGGCCAGCGCCACGAGCGACACGAUCAUCUUCAUGUUCCUGGGCAUGGUGCUGGUGCAUGAACAACAUGCAUGGCAGACGGGCUUUAUAGUCUGGACGCUCGUGCUCUGCUUCAUCGCCAGAGUUAUGAUCACGUUGCUUCUGGCGCCGAUCACGAACCACUAUCGCCUGAACCCCAUCGGCAUAGCUGAACAGCUCAUCCUGGCUUACGGAGGACUGCGAGGCGCCGUGGCUUUCUCGCUCGUCAAGUUGUUACCAUCAGAGUUUGAACACAAAGAACUUUUCAUCACAGCUACGCUUGCCGUCAUCCUUUUUACAGUAUUCGUGCAGGGCAUCACUGUAGGGCCUCUGGUUAAUUUCCUGAAAGUGGCGAUGAAGUCAAAAAGGCCCCGGCAGCUGCUGGAGGAGGUCAACCUGAAGGUGGUGGACACGAUGAUGGCCGGCAUCGAGGAGGUCAUCGGCCAGAUCGGUGACAACAAAGUCAGGGCGUACCUGAAGGCCGUCAAUGACAAGUACUUCAUGAAAUGGUUCACCAUCCCCACCAAGGAAGACCCACUCAAAAAAUUAUACGAGAAAAUAGCUAUUACGGAGCACUACGCUAACCUGUACGGCCCCAGCAUCAUUAUUGAGAAGACCAUGCAAGCGUUGUCAGUGUCGCGCCAGAACGUCAACGACGGAGAGUCUAUCUACGAGAGUCAACGCGGCUCGCAAGACAAUAUUGUGUCCGGCGAGCUCGACAUCCCCAUGAACUCCUACCUCGGCAGCAGCUUGCAUGUGCACAGAGGCAGCAGAAGCAGCCAGCGGCGGCGGAGUUCCGCCAGACACAGCCUGGCGCCUUCCAGCACGGGGUCGAGAACGUCCAAAGGCAGCGGCGGCGCGUACUCCAGAGAGGAGGAUGCCAAGAUUUUGCUCAAGGCUAUCAACAAUAACGCCUUCAAUAAGCUUCACUACACUUGCAACAAGAACCUGCUGGACGAGGAUGACCAAGACAUGAUGAAGCACAUGGACCGGCGGAGGGACCACGCCAAGCGCCUCGCUCGUCUGGCUGCUGAAGCCGACCACGCGGGCGGCGGUCAGGGCCAAUACGUGUCGUCUCACAGGCCCUCAGACUACCAUGGUCUGCCUGAGCUCUACGAGGAUUUCCACCGGGAUGUAUCAGAUGACGUGCCGGAGGACGUGAUGGUGCUCGUAGACACGCGCAAUUUGGACGCCAUAAUGAACUUCCACAAGCGGCAUAACAUCAGAAAACAAAGUCUCAGGCAAAGAUCUUACGGAGAUGCUUCAACUGAUCCAGUCAGUCCCGACCCUCUGCUCAGCAGCACGCCCGAGUCUGGGCACAACAACUUGGCUUAGAAGUGAUGUUAACCCUCUACCACCGUAUGUCACUCU